AUGCCCUCUGUUGACCUCGACACUGCCACCACCAACGCACACGACCCCUCACAUCAAGCCCGCCGUUCCUCCCGUUCCACCCGCUCCCCGUCUUUGACCAGAGCAGCCGCAGCAUCCAGAGCUGCACCCACAUCUCCCACUGCCACUAAACGAUCGCCUUCUCCUGUCAUCAAUUUUAAUACUCCCCUUUCCACGGAGAAUCCGACAGGCGUGAAGAGCAUAACCCGCAAGGUCAUCAGACGACUGGAAGGGCUUGGACACUUGGAAAUGGUGGGAAUGGAUGUGCCAGUCACAGAGGAGGAGGAGGAAACCUUGACUCCCAGUGAGGAGCAAGAAAUUGAGACCGUUCUAUACGCUAUCGGCAAAGAGACCGUCAAGAAAGCGGAGGCAUUGGGCGAAACACAGAAUGGCCACAGCAACGGAAAUGGACACAUCAAGAAGGAAAAGAAGGAGAAACCUGAUCUCGAGAUACCUCGAAAGGUGUUGCAUAGCUCAAUAGGCUUCUUCACACUCUACCUGUAUGUGUCCGAGGGAGAUGUGCGGACUAUUGUUAUGGUGCUAUGGAUGGCUUUGGCUAUCAUCGUCCCUGCCGACCUUCUUCGUUUCAAUUCACGGCGCUUUGCUCGAACAUACGAAAAGGUCCUCGGAUUCCUUAUGAGAGAGUCGGAAAAGAACUCUAUCAACGGCGUCGUCUAUUACAUCCUUGGAGUGAACUUUGUCUUGUCCCUAUACCCGCAGGAUGUCGCUACUGUAGCCAUCUUGAUAUUGUCAUGGGCUGAUACAGCUGCGUCCACCUUCGGCCGCCUAUACGGUUCUUACAUGCGUAAACUCCCCGCAAGGCUUCCUAUCCUUCGCCUUCCGUUGGCUCCCCGCAAAUCCUUGGUAGGAUUCUUAGCAGCAGCAGCCACAGGCUCUGCCAUUGCUCUCGGAUUCUGGGGCAGCAUUGCGCCCAUGCGUGCAGGCGGCCAAGACUUAACGUGGUCAUGGGAUGAAGGUGUGAGGCAGGUGGCUCAGGGCACCGAACCAAAGGCGUUGGGCGGCGGUGGCGCCUUGGGAUUAUUAGCCAUUUCCAUCGUGGCCGGCAUUGUCAGUGGUAUCUCUGAGGCUCUUGACCUAGGGGCACUGGACGAUAAUCUAACAUUACCCAUAAUUUCGGGCGGCUGCAUUCUCGGGUUCCUCAAGCUACUCGGAAUUGCCGCGUCCUGGUUCUCCUCGUGA